CUUCCGUCCUCCCACCUUGACCCGUGCCGCCUUCUCCUAUUUUCGUACCCACCCGGCACGUAAGAACUUUCCGAGGAUUCCAGACGAACCGACUCGACUCAUCUCAGAACCCUGUGUCUUGGACACCACCACCAAAGAAUUUGGGUGUCGGCACACAAACGAACGAUUGUUCAACUUAUCUGAUCGACCAGAGAGAAUAAUUUCUACAAUCGGUUGACUUGAUAUAUCUAUCAUCCACUACCGGAAAAGCGGGAAACUCGUCAAUCACAGUCACAAUGCAUCCCCAACGCGCCAUUCAGAUCCUCGCCCUCGCCUCGGUCGCUCAGGCGUCAUGGUUCAACUUUAACAAAGCCGAGCCCCGCGAUGGCCUUCUUAAGAGACAAUCAGGAACUGCUAGCGGCGCCGAAACCACAUCGACUGCUGCUGCUCAAACCACCACAUCUGCUGCUGCCGUCACUACAACAACGACAGCUGCUCCCGUCACCAGCACCACCGUCGCCAUUGUCACUACUACAACCCUGAGGACCAGCACCACGUCUGCUGGCAGCAACAACGACGAGACCACCAGCGCAAGCGCCGCUUCUUCUACCCACUCCACUACUGCUGAGCCCGUCACCUCCACCAUCAAGACUAUCAUCACUACCACCAACUCUGCUGGUGUUGCAACUUCCUUCACCUCCGAGGCCACCGUCACGAGCACGCCCGGCCUCAAUGAGGCAAACUCGGGAGACUCCUCCUCCGGCAUGUCGUCCGAGACACGCAAGACUGUCAUUGGUGUCGUUGUCGGUGUCGGCGGUGCCAUUGUCCUCGGUGCCCUGGGUUUCGUCGCUUGGAGAAUUUGGGGCAAGAAGAAGCAGGCCGAGGAGAACGACGGCCUCAUGGAGUACAACAACCAGUACGGCAACGAGCCCAAGAACGAGAUCGGAAGCGCUCAGGGAUCUGGUUCCGGCCGUACUCCCUUCCAGUCGACUCUCGAAAGCUACCACGCGCCGAACCAAAAGCGUUGAUUCCCCCAGUCCUUUCCACACGGAUACCACACUCCUUGAUUUCUCUUUUUACUCAUUUACUGCGGCUGGCCUUUCCACCAGUCAGGUGGAGUUGAGGGCCGCCAGAUUACCAUGACGGCAGAAAAUUACUCUUCUUUUGUCGGCUGGGCUUAGGAUGAUCACUUCACUGGACUAGCGUGGGCUUCAAACGAGUCGCGCAUCAGGACAGGGCAUCGAUACCAGCAAAGACAAGACGGCAGAGACCGCAACAAGCAAGUCUGAUGGGCAGCCUUCUAGGCCCGUAGGCUUGUACGUAUGUUAAGAUACAUCUUUAAUAUCAG